GUCGACGCCGCCUUCCUGCCCCGCCCCUGGCCGUUCGGCCCGCCCCUCCUUCCUGGAGCCUCCGCUGAGGCAGAGGCGGCGUGGCGGCCAGGAGGGGGGCGGCUAGUGGCCGGAGCGACACGCGCUCGCCGCGACCCUAUGCGGUGAUUCGUGCGGCGCAGGCGCCUCCUGCCCCGCCGGCGGGGCUCGGGCUUCCCGCGGCGGGAUGUUUUCCCGAAGGAGCCACGGGGAUGUGAAAAAGUCCACGCAGAAGGUGCUGGACCCCAAGAAGGACGUGCUGACCCGCCUGAAGCACCUGCGGGCGCUGCUGGAUAAUGUGGAUGCAAGCGAUCUUAAGCAAUUUUUUGAGACCAACUAUUCUCAGAUAUAUUUCAUCUUCUAUGAAAAUUUUAUAACACUGGAAAAUAGCUUGAAGUUAAAAGGGAAUAAUAAGUCACAAAGGGAGGAGCUGGACUCCAUCCUCUUUCUUUUUGAAAAAAUACUGCAGUUUCUACCUGAACGAAUUUUCUUUCGAUGGCAUUACCAGAGUAUAGGCUCAACUUUAAAGAAGCUUCUACACACUGGAAAUUCUAUUAAGAUAAGAUGUGAAGGAAUCAGACUGUUUCUUUUGUGGCUUCAAGCACUUCAGACAAACUGUGCAGAAGAGCAGGUGCUGAUUUUUGCUUGCCUGGUGCCUGGUUUCCCAGCAGUCCUGUCAUCGAGGGGGCCCUGUACACUGGAAACACUCAUCAACCCUAGCCCUAGUGUAUCUGAUGCAAAAAUAUACCCAGAAGAAAUCACCCCACUUCUGCCAGCCAUAUCAGGGGAAAAGAUCGCCGAGGACCAGACCUGCUUUUUUCUUCAAAUACUGUUGAAAUAUAUGGUUAUCCAGGCGGCAAGCUUGGAGUGGAAGAAUAAGGAGAAUCAAGAUACUGGUUUUAAAUUUCUUUUUACACUGUUUCGAAAGUAUUAUCUUCCUCAUUUGUUUCCAUCAUUUACUAAGUUAACCAACAUCUACAAACCUGUACUUGAAAUCCCCCAUUUGAGACCAAAGCCAGUAUAUGUUACUAUAACUCGAGAUAAUGAAACAAUUUACAGUACAAAAAUUCCAUACAUGGCAGCUCGUGUUGUUUUCAUUAAAUGGAUUGUAACUUUCUUUUUGGAAAAAAAAUAUCUAACUGCAACACAAAACACUAAAAAUGGAGUUGAUGUAUUGCCUAAGAUCAUCCAGACCGUUGGUGUUGGUGCAGCACAAGAAAAGGUUCCAGAGCUGGAUGGUGAUGGGUCCACAGAGCAGGACAAAAGCCAUUCUAACAGUAGCACCUUAUCUGACCGAAGACUCAGCAACUCCAGUCUCUGUAGCAUCGAAGAAGAGCAUCGAACAGUGUAUGAAAUGGUGCAGCAAAUCCUCCUGUCAACACGAGGCUAUGUGAAUUUUGUGAAUGAAGUAUUUCGGCAGGCAUUUUUGUUGCCUUCCUGUGAGAUAUCUGUAACAAGAAAAGUAGUUCAAGUAUACAGGAAGUGGAUCCUGCAGAACAAACCUGUGUUCAUGGAGGAACCAGAUAAACAGGAUGUUGCCAAAGAAGAUGCUGACAAAUUAGGACUUUCAGAGACUAACUCCAAGGAGGCCUCAUCUGAAAGUUCUGGUCAUAAACGGUCAUCCAGCUGGGGACGCACGUAUUCCUUCACAAGUGCCAUGAGCAGAGGGUGUGUGACAGAGGAGGACAACACAAAUGUGAAAGCUGGGGCCCAAGCUAUGUUGCAGGUCUUUCUUACAAAUGCUGCGAAUGUCUUUUUGCUGGAACCAUGUGCUGAAGUUCCCAUGCUCCUGAGAGAACAGGUAGAUGCCUGUAAAGCUGUUCUGAUUAUUUUUCGGCGCAUGAUAAUGGAACUUACAAUGAAUCAAAAGACAUGGGAGCAGCUGUUGCAAAUCCUUCUCAGGAUAACAGAAGCUGUCAUGCAGAAGCCAAAGGAUAAGCAUGUAAAGGACUUGUUUGCCCAGAGCUUGGCAGGGUUGCUCUUCAGGACACUCAUCGUGGCUUGGAUCCGAGCAAACCUCUGUGUGUACAUUUCUCGGGAGCUUUGGGAUGACUUUCUAGGUGUGCUGUCAUCCCUUACAGAAUGGGAGGAACUCAUCACUGAGUGGUCCAACAUCAUGGACUCCUUGACAGCUGUGCUGGCAAGAACUGUGUAUGGAGUUGAGAUGACAAACCUACCUCUAGAUAAAUUAAGUGAACAAAAGGAGAAGAAGCAACGUGGCAAAGGUUGUGUUCUAGAUCCCCAAAAAGGGACCUCUGUGGGUAGAUCCUUUUCUCUGAGCUGGCGUAGCCAUCCAGACGUGACUGAGCCAAUGAGAUUCAGAAGUGCUACCACAUCUGGAGCACCUGGAGUUGAGAAGGCAAGAAAUACUGUUCGCCAAAAAGCAACUGCUAAGCGAAGCCAGUCUAUCAGCAACUGUGUCCACCUCUCUGAGCCUUUGCCUGCCACUAAAAGCGUCCCGCUCCUCCUCCAUACCGUGAGCGCUCUCUUCCCUGGUCUCUCUUAUUCUUCUUGCUCUCACAGGCUAUCAGAAGUGGAGGAACUCCAGCAGGCAGAGAGCACACCUGCUGCUGACUCUGAGUAUCUUGUGGUGGGACAGCAGCAGGUCCCCCGCAGCAGCAGCACCUCUGACAUCACUGAGCCUUUAUGCUCAGAUUCUUCUCAAGGUUACAGCACCAUGCUGCCUCAUCCAGCUUUUUACAUGGCCUCUGGGGAUCUGAACUCAGGUUCUUAUGCUUGCACAGCAGGCAUUUCACCAUUGAGCCAUCUCCCCAACCCAGGUCAAAAGGUAGAAAAUUCACAGAAUUUGAUCUCUUCAGAAUCCAAGUCUGUUCAAGAGAGUAAAGGACAUAUGAAGCGAGAACAUGAAGGAAUAACAAUCUUGGUUCGAAGGAGCAGCAGUCCUGCUGAGCUGGAUUUGAAGGAUGAUUUACAGCAGACGCAAGGAAAAUGCAGGGAGAGACAGAAGAGUGAAAGUACUGGUAGUGACACGGCUGUGGGCUCCAGCAACGAGACAGAGCUACCCAUGAACCAGUGGCAGACCUGUGAUGAGGACCCAGAACUCAGCACUCCCACAGAUGCUGUGUCUGACUCUGAUGCCCGCCAUUGGUUACAACUGAGUCCUACUGAUGCUUCAAACCUAACAGAUAGCAGAGAAUGCCUUGCAGAUGACUGUAGUAUAAUUGCUGGAGGGAACCUCACUGGCUGGCACCCAGACUCUGCUGCUGUGUUAUGGAGAAGAGUCUUGGGAAUCCUUGGGGAUGUGAAUAAUAUCCAGUCACCGAAGAUCCAUGCCAAGGUUUUUGGCUAUCUCUAUAAACUGUGGCACAAACUGGCCAAGAUACGAGAUAAUCUAGCAGUAAGCCUGGAUAACCAGUCAUCUCCAUCGCCUCCGCUCUUGAUCCCACCACUCAGAAUGUUUGCAUCAUGGCUAUUCAAGGCUACAACUCUGCCAAAUGAAUAUAAGGAAGGCAAACUGCAAGCCUACAAACUGAUCUGCGCCAUGAUGACCAGACGCCAGGAUGUUCUGCCAAACUCAGAUUUCCUGGUGCAUUUCUACCUUGUGAUGCACCUGGGAUUAACCAGCGAGGACCAGGAUAUCUUAAACACUAUCAUAAGAAACUGUUCACCCCGUUUUUUCUCCCUGGGUUUGCCUGGUUUCUCAAUGCUGGUGGGGGACUUUAUCACUGCUGCUGCCAGGGUCCUCAGUGCAGACAUGUUGUUGGUGCCCCGUUCAGAAGCUCUCACGCUCCUUGGUUCCCUUGUCUGUUUUCCAAAUACCUACCGGAAGAUCCCUCUGUUGCAAUCAGUGCCAGAAAUGAGUGAGGUCAUCACAGGAACCGAAGAUGUCAAGCAUUACCUCAUAAAUAUUUUACUGAAGAAUGCUACCGAGGAACCAAAUGAAUGUGCAAGAUGCAUCGCCAUUUGCUCCCUCGGGGUCUGGAUCUGUGAAGAGCUUACACAGUGUGCCAGCCAUCCUCAAGUCAAGGAUGCCAUCAAUGUGAUAGGUGUAACUCUGAAGUUUCCUAACAAGAUUGUGGCUCAGGUAGCCUGUGAUGUUCUUCAGCUGCUGGUUUCCUACUGGGAAAAGCUUCAGAUGUUUGAAACUGCUCUACCGCGAAAAAUGGCAGAAAUCCUUGUGGCCACAAUUGCAUUUCUUUUACCAAGUGCAGAGUACUCCUCAGUGGAAACAGAUAAAAAGUUUAUUGUGUCCUUGCUCCUCUGCCUCUUGGACUGGUGCAUGGCACUGCCUGUGAAUGCCCUUCUCCACCCUGUGUCCACAGCAGUCCUGGAGGAGCUGCACCCACCCCGGGCUCCCUUGCUGGAUUAUAUCUACAGGGUUCUGCACUGCUGUGUCUGUGGCUCAAGCACAUACACACAGCAAAGUCACUACACUCUGACCUUGGCUGACUUGUCAUCCACGGAUUAUGACCCCUUCCUGCCUCUAGCAAAUGUGAGGAACUCGGAGCCGGUCCAGUACCAUUCAUCAUCAGACCUGGGGAACCUGCUGACCGUGGAAGAGGAGAAGAAGAGAAGAAGUGUGGAAUUGAUCCCCCUCACUGCACGAAUGGUGAUGGCCCACCUAGUAAACCACCUAGGCCACUAUCCACUGAGUGGGGGCCCUGCUGUACUGCACAGCCUGGUCAGUGAGAACCAUGACAAUGCCCAUGUGGAAGGUGCUGAGCUGUCCUCAGAGGUGUUCAGGAGCCCAAACCUGCAGCUCUUCGUAUUUAAUGAUAGUACCCUCAUCUCCUACCUUCAGACACCUGCAGAAGCAUCAGAUGGAGGGACUUCAGGGGGUUCCCUCUCAGAUGUGAGAGUCAUUGUGAGGGAUAUCUCAGGGAAGUACUCUUGGGAUGGCAAGGUUUUAUAUGGACCUCUGGAAAGCCGCUUGGCACCCAGUGGAAGGAAUCCCUCAUUUCAGAUUUCUGGCUGGCAUCAACAUACGUGUGGACCUCAGAAAGAUUUGUCUCACAGUGAGGAGGGAGAUGAUGCACUUGACAAAUUACUUGAAAACAUUGGCCAUACAAGCCCUGAAUGCCUUUUACCAUCACAACUAAAUCUAAAUGAGCCUUCGCCACCCCCAUGUGGGAUGAACUGUGACCAAGAGAAGGAAAUCAUUGAGGUCAUCCUGCGUCAGAGCAUACAGGAAGAUGAGUAUGUCCAGAGGUGUAACUCUAAUUCUGCAGUGAAGGUCACCAGCCAAGGGCAGCCCUCGCCGGUGGAACCCCGAGGACCCUUUUAUUUCUGCAGGUUGUUGCUUGAUGACCUAGGAAUGAAUUCCUGGGACAGAAGGAAGAAUUUUCAUUUGUUGAAGAAAAAUUCAAAAUUAUUGAGAGAGCUAAAGAAUCUGGACUCACGUCAGUGCCGUGAGACACACAAGAUAGCAGUGUUUUACAUUGCUGAAGGGCAAGAAGACAAGUGUUCCAUCCUAGCCAAUGAAAGAGGAAGCCAAGCAUAUGAAGACUUUGUUGCUGGUCUUGGAUGGGAGGUGGAUCUCUCAACCCACUGUGGGUUCAUGGGUGGUCUUCAGCGCAAUGGCAGCACGGGACAGACGGCUCCUUACUAUGCUACCUCAACUGUGGAAGUAAUUUUCCACGUUUCCACUCGGAUGCCAUCAGAUUCAGAUGAUUCACUCACCAAAAAGCUCCGUCACCUGGGGAAUGACGAGGUCCACAUCGUCUGGUCUGAACACUCCAGAGACUACCGCAGGGGCAUUAUCCCAACAGCCUUUGGAGACGUUUCGAUCAUUAUUUACCCAAUGAAGAAUCAUAUGUUCUUUAUCACGAUAACAAAGAAACCUGAGGUUCCGUUCUUUGGGCCUCUGUUCGACGGAGCCAUUGUGAGUGGGAAGCUGCUGCCAAGCCUUAUCUGUGCCACGUGCAUCAAUGCCAGCAGAGCGGUGAAGUGCCUCAUCCCACUCUAUCAGAGCUUCUACGAAGAGCGAGCUCUGUAUCUGGAAGCAAUAAUUCAGAACCACCGGGAAGUCAUGACAUUUGAGGAUUUCGCAGCUCAAGUCUUUUCUCCCUCUCCCAGCUACUCUCUCAGUGGAACUGAUUAAAAUACAUAGCGGUCUCAUUAUGAUCCUUGAGCAAGGGGUCUUGACCUCCAGCCUGAAUAUGGGCCCCAAGAAAACCCUCCAUGUGGAAGACACAGGCAAGACUCCUCUGCUUUCCCCAGCACCCUCAAAUCCAGAUUCCAGGAAACUGCCAUGUGCUAGCAUAUACAGCAGGCCUUCCCUUUGCUGGACCCCCAAGGUCAGAAGUGAUCUAGUUUGUGUGGAGCUUUGAGACAAGGCUGUGUCCCUCUUGUCUUGGAAUCUCAUAAACCUUGGGCUUCAGAAGAAGAAAAGAAGACACCAUCAACCAGGAACAAGCCUUCUGUGAUGUAGAGUAGUCUGGAGCCUCUAGGCAGAACACAGUAAUGAAUGGUUCAGGACCCACAGGGAAGGGGCAGGGUCACUUGUCUGUAUCCCUGAGUUGGUUUCCUGUCAUUUAUAUAUGCAGUUUGAUUCCCAAAAGGGCUGACAAAACAAAUGUGUAAUUGUUGGAGGAAUUUCUUCCAUAAUUAUUUUGCUAAUCCUUAUGUUAGGAUUUACAGUUUAAUUCAAACUUUUCAUCAUCAAAAUUUCAUCAUCAGGGAAACUGGCUGUCCCCAGGGUCUUUUCCCACAGGAAGUUUCACCUCCAUCAUUAAGCCUUUCUCUAUCUGGUACUUGAGGCCUACUGACGAAGAUUCUCCUAACAACACAGUUUGGCCAGAUAUUCACAUAGAGCAAUCAGAAGUGUCUAGUAAUACAGGGCUGUCCAUAUGAGAACACUAAGCAGAUGAGUAGCAUCCUUGCCCAGCUCAGCCCAGCUCAACCUGCCCAGUUCAGCCCAGCCCAGCUCAGCUCAGCUCAGUCCUGCCUUGCCCAAUUCAGCCCAGCCCAGCUCAACCCAGCCCUGCUCAGUUUGUCCAGCCCAGCACCACCUACAUCAACACACAAGGUUUAGUGCCUGCUGCAGCUCCAAGGCUGACCAGUACCCACAUCAUGUCCAGUACCCAAAAGCUCACCUGCUGUCUUCGUCCUGCCUAUUGCUCAGAGAAAAAGAUACGUAAGUUUUAGGGUAACAGGUUCCAAGCAAUAGAUUCAAUGAAUAUAUAUGUAUUAUUUAUUAACCUAUCUGGCUCCAAGGAGAGUGUGUUGUGCCUACUAGGGAUGAGAGAGAGGGAAGGAGUUAAAUGUGUCCCUUGCUGGACAUCUUAGACAUUAGAAUCCAGCAACUAAGGGUCAGUUCAUAGGGAAGACCUCUGUCUUCCCUCCCUACCCUCUAUCCUGGCGCUGUCUCAGAGUUCCAGUGUUGCUUCAAUCCCUGCUCUGCCUCCAAGAGAAACACAGAAAUUAUUGCAGAGGUCAUCCCUCCCUUGCUUCAUAGUCCUGCUACCUGAGACCAUUUUCCAGUGUGCUUGUCUAGGGUGACCCCUUCACUCAGAGCCAGAAAGCAGCUGUGGAAUGUAACCUCCAAGGGCUCAGGCAUGGGAAGGAAAUGCCUGGAUGUGGCCACCUCUCUACCCUCCUCUGAUCUUUAUUUUCACCCAUUACUCCUAGCCUGCUUGGUCAUUCUCCUGAACCUGCCUAUAACAUCAGUGUCCAUUCUCCCAGAGCCAUCUACUGUAGAGUUGAUUUGGCUGCUGUUGACUAAUAGAGAAAGGGGCAGAGCCAGAAGCCUUUCAGUGAGUGGGAAUUCUGAGAGCAUCGUUCUAGGAGCACCUUCCAACUGCAGGGAAAAUCCAUCCACCUGCUUUGAAGGGAAUUCUGCAGCCUUCCCCUAAUCCCUGUGUGCUGUUUUUCUAAGGAUCCAGGAUGCAUCCUUAUUGGGAGCUUAAUGGUGAUAGAAGGGUAAGGAGAUGCUAUGGCAUUUCCCAUUGUGUGGUGAUACCUUGAUUCAUAGCCAACCUACCGUGUGUGUGUGUGUGUGUGUGUGUGUGUGUGUGUGUGUGCGCGCGCACGUGAGAGAGAGAGAGAGAGAGAGAGAGAGAGAGAGAGAGAGAGAGAGAGAGAGAGAGAGAGAGAGAGAGAGAGAGAGAGAGAGAGAGAGAGAGAGAGAGAGAGAGAGAUCUGGUGGCCCAGUAUUGCUCAGACUUCUAUUAAUUGAUCCGCUCCUUAACUAUUUACAAAGUGCCCAGACCUGACUCCUGUAGAGUCACCACAAGCACACCCCACCCCAAGUUCUGGGCACUAGAGGUCCCUGUAGCCCUCUUUCAGUAAGUAGGUAUCUGCAAGAUUACUAUCUUCAGGCUCCAGAUACCCCUGUUGUGGAAUUCUUGUCAUUUUGGAAGUCCUUUAUUUUUAUUUUUUUCAGUGGUAACAGAACCCAAGACCCAAGACCACAACCCAGGCCCCAGAGGUUUUUGUUUGUUUGGUUGGUUGGUUUUUUUGUUUUUUGUUUUGUUUUGUUUUGGUUUGGUUUUUUUGGUUUUUACGAGGCAGGGUUUCUCUGUAUUGUUUUGAAGGCUAUCGGUCCAGCCCGGCCUUGAACUCACAGAGAUCCGCCUGCCUCUGCCUCCCGAGUGCUGGGAUUAAAGGCGUGCGCCACCACCGCCCAGCCACAGAGGUCUUUUUCAACUCCCCCAGCCUUCUGUUCAUAAUUUCAUUUGCUGCCACAAACUAAUGCUUUCAGACUUGGAGUGAGAAAGUCAGUUGGAGGUACCAAAUUUGACCUUGUUGUGACUUAAUGGUUUUACCAACCCCAUGCCCUGGGUGACAGCAGGAGUUUAUGUCUGUUUGUGUUUUGCUUUUUUAGUUCAUGGGCCUUGGAUUGGUAAUAGCUCUGGUUAGAGACUUAGAGUUGGGGAGUGGGGAUUCAUUCUGGCAACUAUGUUUGGUUGGAUUUAGCAGUUCUUGUUAUUUGGGGUGGAAAAUUGAAAUGAUCAAGUUCAGUGUUUCUUUUUUUUUUCAGUUGGAAAAGCAAAUAUUGUGUUUUUAUAAUAAAUGUCUUUUAGCAAAAUUGCUAAGGGUCACUUAUCUAGUAGAGACCCUCCAGAGAGCAGCUCAUCACAUUAGUAUUAGUAGGUCAACCAUCUGUAAUAAAAGUGGCCCUAAUUACCCCGAAGUGUGAUAAGACACUCGGGCUCCUGCAGGGCCUGGCCAGUGCCCUUACUUCUCAGCAUGCUGAUUUCCAGAUUUCCAUAAAGAGGGAAACUUGAUGUUUGUAUUCUUGUUGAUUAGACUUUUAUGCUUUAAAAAAUAGUAAUCCUGCAAAAUUAUGACUUUUUAAAAGUAGUCAUAUCUUCAGCAGAUAGGAGAAAAGAAAUUUAAGUGACUUUUAAAGUGUCUUCAGCAGCCACGUUUGCAGCUCUUGAGAACCCCCGGGGAAUGGACUCUGACUUUGUAAUUGGCUGGUUAGUAGGACCCUUAGCCUUAUAAAGGAGACCACACAGCUCCAGUGAGUCAUGCAAAUCCUGUCUUCCUGACUGUCCUCAGGUGUCACUUCCUUCUUGCCACUAACCUGUAAUGGAGGUUUGAUGGGCCCUCUAAACUUUCCAGUGUGUCUUAUGCGUAGCUGUGUUACUCCAUACCUACUGAAGGGGGUGCCACAUCUAAGGGAAACUCGUCCUUGUAUUUGCACCCAUGUUCUAUGUGUAUGACAUAUGCAGUAGGCAAAUGUUUUCUUAAUUUCAGGUCUACCAUGUGUAGUAUGUGUAAAUAGGGGGAAAACUGAUAGAGAUGAUAAAUUAAGUUAUAGCAUGUUGUUUGAUUGUUUUGAGGUUUCUUGUUAUUUAACUUCCCAAUGCUGCAUAUCUAGGUUGUUGUGAGGUGGGGGAGACCUCCAAGUCUGCCCCAUCUUGACAGGAGUGUGUGUGUGCACUAGGACACACUCCACAGAGGCAGCCAUGCUGGGAAAACACUUAGCUCCUUAAUGGUGCCACUCAACUCCAGUUCAUUCAUGUUCGUUCUGAUUUCCUGGGAUGAUUUGAUGAGUCAGAAGCACAGCACCUAGGUGCUGCAUGUUCCUGACAUUCUCAUAGAUUGUAGGAAAAUAAAAGUUUAUCCCAACAUCUAAUAAAAAGUUGAUUUGCAUUUUUAUUGAACAAAGUUAUUCAAAAACAUUUUGUAAACCAAAGCCAACAGGUGUUCAGUACGGUAGCUGAUACCAUUCAUAAAGCUUACACAUGCAUAUUGAUGUAGAAUCUACCUCAGGGUUCAUGGUGUAGAAUGCUAAUAUUCAACCUGCAGCCUCUGAUAAUCACAGAAUAAACUUCUGCAUAUAUGGUUCCUCAAGACUCUGAUCUACAGCUAGGAACACCAUCCAUGUCCUCCAUCCAUCGUCUCACCUAAUUAAACCCACCCUUGUCUUCAUGAUGGCACUAGUGGGCCAGUAUGCCCUGGUUUUUUUUUUUUCUUGUUGUUGUUGUUGUUUGGUUGGUUGGGUUAUUUUGUUUGUUUGUUUUGUUUUUCGAGACAGGAUUUCUCUGUGGCUUUGGAGGCUGUCCUGGAACAGCCUAGUCUUAAACUCAGAGAUGCACCUACCUUUCCCUCCCAAGUGCUGGGAUUAAAGGCGUGUGCCACCACUGCCUGGCUGCCCUGUUUUUAUAACUCGUAAUGAGCAUCAGAGUGACUUUUGACCCCUGCUUUGUCUUUCCUAGGCAGAUCCCUGUUUUAGCUAGAGUCCCUGCCACUAAGGAGCAAGGUAUAUUUGAGAAUUUUGUUAUUAGGUGACAGACAAUGUGUAAUUUGGCCAGGUACUGAUAUUUCCUGCCUCAGGACUCCAGCAGUCACAUUACAGCUUAGCCUGUGGUCUCUGAGAGCAUAGUGGGCCACUCCAUGUUCCAGACAACAGUGAAUUCUCGGGAUGCUGAACAACCAAGUUUGUAAAAGUCAUUCACUUGUUCCUUUAGCAAAUGCUUGCAGAAUGUGCUAGUGUCCUGAGAAAGGGUCUAGGGAGUCAAGUGCAAAGUGGGGCCUGCAUUGACCUGGCUUUGUUUUAGCUUAUAACCAAGAGCUUAUAUAUGUAGUUCCAUCUAGAAACAACUCAAGUGUUGUGAGCCAGAAGUAGUACCUCACAGCCUUCUGCUUCAUUUGGGCAUUUCUAAGAAGGACUCAGAUUCCUGCCUCAUUUUCUCCCAUGGUAUAACUAAAGCAUCUGCAUCCCUCAUAGCUCCCACAGAAGGUGAUGGAUGCCCAGAAAUUGACUGAGGAGCCCUGCUGAUAGCAUUCCAGGAAGCCCCAUGUGUCUGUGGAGCUGGGUAGCUCACUGCUCUACAGCUGCUCCUUGGACCUGAGUCCCUCCCUCUUGCUAACUGUUCAGCUCUGCAGAUGGCCUUCCAGGAUGCACAGGGAGCUUUCCUCUGGGGUCAUAUUGGGAUACUUUUCAGAUAUGGAAAUGAGCACUUGAAAGGCAAAGACUGUUGUCACUAUUGUCGCAUAUUUAUAGCAAAAAGGCAGGAAGGGGUUGAUUCUCAGCACCAUGUUUCCUGUGAGAGAUUGAGUCAUCUUCAGAAGCCCUCAUCAGCACCCUCAGACCAUUACAUAAAGAAUCCAGCUUCCACUACAAAGGACUGUCAGAAGAAUGCACCUGUAGGGGUGGGUUUGUUUUGUUUUGUUUGUUUAGUAUUCCAGGAGAAAUGCCCGUUUCCUUCAGUGGAGUGUCUCCUAAUGGGAAGAUACUGAAUUUACAGUUACACUAUACACACAUCUCUGGUGUAGCUUUGUGUGUGUCAUCUAAGCCAAGGCCACCUGAUGAAAAUGCUUAUAUCAAGAAGUACUAUUCGGGCUGGAGCGAUGGUUCAGUGGUUGGGAACACUGGCUGUUCUUUCAGAGGACCUGAGUUCAGUUCCCAGCAUCCACAUGGCAGCUCCCAGCUGCCUGUAACUCCAGUUCCAGGAGGUCUGAUAUCCCCAUACAGACACACAUGAAGGCAGAACACCAAUGCAUAUAAAAUAAAGAUGAAUAAAAUUUUUAAAAAGUACUAUUCUCAUUUGCUCUUCUAUGAAUUGAUAUGGUUUUAAUUGCAUUUCAUUUAAAGGAAAAAGCAAAAUCAAUGGAGACUGUGGGAAAAGAUCACAAAGUAAACUUCUCUACAUAUGUGGUUCCUUAACACCCUUACAGCUGGGAACACCAUCCCUGUCCUGCUUCUACUUCUGCUAUAAAAAACUGAUGCCUGAAGGUGUUACCUCACUGGCUUUCAUACAGCUAGGCUGGGGCUGCAGCCAGGAGUUGAGUUUCCUGUGUUCCGUGUGUAGUGGCAUCUCCAUUUAGCACCAAUAACUGUUUUUAAGCAGUACAGGAACUGUUUUUUGGACAGUGUAGUUUUCGAGUGCCCAUUGUAGUUUAGUCACAGAAAGGAUGUUUCUAAGUCCACAUCUGAGGCCACCUUGAGUCUAUUGUCAGACGAGCCAGCAAAGUUUUGGCACUGUGAGGAUCUGGUUUUCCAGAAAUAUGACCUGUCCUUGUCGUCUACAUAAAGAACACUUGGAAUCAACCCUUACUGGGAAUUCAAAAACUACCAGAUAGCAAAUUCCUGGAAAGGCAGAUUGCAUGGGUCUUAACUGAAAAGAAAUAGACUUUGAAAAGAAAGAUCUGGCACCAAGGCAGGCUUGGUGUAGUGCCCAGGCAGGUUGACCACACCCUGGGAGGCCAUUCCCACCCUCUGGAGUCAAAGAGCUAUGUGGUGUUUACCACUUGCUUGCUCACUUGCUACCAUUUGGUAAAAGUUGUGAUUGCCUCCUAAAAGGUAAAGAUGCACCAAGACCUUUGAACACCACAGCGACCACCAGCAAGUGGUUGGCUUCCAAAAAUCAAGGGUUGGGUUUUUCACAUGCUGUCUGCUGUAGCAUCUCUCCAGCCUGGCUGAUGGCCCAACUGGGGAAGGCAAGGGCAUGUCUGUAACAUGCUCCCCCUGCCAAAAGGCACUUUCAUGUGUGCCCCAAAGUAGCUGACCAGCAGCACCACAGCAGGGGACCCUGGGAAAUGACAUCCCUGCUAAAGGUCACUGAAAAGAACUUGCUGGAACUGGAUCAUGCUUUUUGUGGUUGUUAGAAUUUUACAAGAAAAAUAUUUUUAAUACCGAAGUCUCUACUAGCCUAAAUUAAAUUGGAUAAUAUGAGAAGGGGUAUGGAUUUAAGCUGCUGUGUUAUAUAUGUGGAUAAACACUUGCCAAGCAUGCACGAGGUCCCAGGUUUGAUCCCUAGCACUAAAGAAAGAAAAGGUUGGUGUGUGUGUGUGUGUGUGUGUGUGUGUGUGUGUGUGUGUGUGUGUGUAGGUAGGUAGGUAGGUAAUUUUAAAAAUAAUGUAGAAGACUCUGCUCUUUUUAUAACUAAAAUCAGAUAAACUAGGGAGUCCUUGUUGGCCUCUUUCAUACCACAUCAGACAUGAAAAGCACAGGUUUAAUAUCAUACUGAGGGCUGGAGAGAUGCUCAGAGGUUAAGAGCACUGGCUGUUCUUCUAGAGGUCAUGAGUUCAAUUCCCAGCAACCACAUGGUGGCUCACAGCCACCUCUUCUGGUGUGCAGUCAUACAUGCAGGCAGAAUACUAUGUACAUAUUAAAUAAAUAAAUCUUUUAAAAAAGCAUACUAAUAUGCUGCCUUCCAUAUCAGACUACAUUAUAUAUGUGAUUGAAAAUUCCAUUUAAGACAUUUAAGAAAGAAAUAACAGAUGCAUUAAAUGGUCUCAGGAACAAGGAUGCCUUUUCCUGUGCGUCCAGGUGAAAUUUUUAAUCUCACAUUUAUGUAUCCCCUCGCUCUCUUCUGGCAAAAUGCUCAUUGAGUCUGACAGACUAUUUUACAUGAAUAGGUCCCCGCUCAUCAGCCUCCUCCUUGGCGUGGGGUCCUAGGGUCUGAAAAUUGGAGUGUGCUUUUCACUGAGGGUGUGAAGUGUGGAGGGACGGCUAUUACAGAUCCUGAAAGGAUCUUUUUGACUUCAGAAAAUAGCCUGGCCAAGAAAGGCUUUUUUCCAUGAAUACUCACAGACUGCAUUAUGCUCCUCAGAUGAUAGAGGUGAGCACUUUUGAUCAAUAUUCCCCAAGAAACGCUGCCGGGCUAAGUGGGACCCAAGGGCCUCUGGGAGACACCCCUCCCUCAGAGCUGCUACACCUCUGCAGCACGUUUCUCACCAAUGCUUUGAGACAGAGCACCAGCUCUCCUAAUCACUGACAGCCCAUUCUGUCCCCUGGCUACUCUAGCUUUCCUAUGGGAGCAUUUUGUCACCUCCAUUUCAGAAAAAGCCACAGGUAGAAGAAAGACUUCAACAGGAGCUUCUGAAUCAAGGAAGGUUUGUUUGUUCACUUAGUGUCACUGAGAUUGCAAUGACAUGACAGUAUGAAUGCACAAUGCCCCAGAUACACUAUACAUUUUCUCUUCCAUUUCUGCCCCCAUCCCAACUUCUCUCUCCAUGACAAUGGUAGGCAGGUUAUUAAAAAAACAAAUUCUCAAAGCCUUCUCUCCAGAUUCAUGCAAACACAUACACAAAGACGUUGACUUUUAUUUUAUACAGAAAUAGCUUUAUAUGUUAUCUGGUACUCUGAUGUUCUUUUAAGAUUAUGUCAUAGGUGUGCAUAUCUCUAAUUCAUCAUGCUUAGUGGCCGCAUAUUAUUCCUCGAUAUGGAAUUCAAUUUCCUUGCACCUCGUGUAAGCAUUAAAGUGGUCUCCAGUGUUCUUGUAACAAUACUACUUCAAUAAACACCAUCACACUUCUA